AUGGCAGAGGUCUCCUUUGAAGCUGCACGAGCCGCAAGUGUUGGCGGGUGCGAACUCGAACUCCCAGAGGCCUUUGCAAGGCUCAAGGCGGCGCAGAUCGAAGACCUCGCAAACGCCGUCGGCGGCCAGCGCUCGGAGGCAUGCCUGCAGUACCAGAUCGACUCGGGGGUGGCUGCAUCCAUGGCUUCGGUUAUUACGUGCUCGGUGAUGAUCGCACGGCAAGAGCCCAGGGCGGCGGCGCACCUUUGGCAGGUGGAUUGGCAGGUGCUUGCAAAGGAGCUGCAGCCUUCGGAGGAGGUUGGCGGAAGGGUUGCCGCAGAGCCAGAGUGUGGGUGCUGA